GUGCUGAAGUGGUGAUUGUGUUUUGUUUACAUGUUGACAGUGGGGGCGUAUAAAAUAAAACGUGGCUAUGCCCGUAACAUCAUUUUUUAAUUUCUGUCAUUUGUGUAAAAAUAAAGCAAUGUCCAUUACUCGGUCUACAUAUUUUGACUUCACAGUUUAUACGUUUUUGCUUAUUUCAACAAUUUUCAUAAAUAAGUAUGUACUGUCAGUGUUAAAGUUUACCUACCCCACUGUGUUUCAAGCAUGGCAAACUCUAAUUGGUGCAGUUAUUUUAAAAUACCUUACAGUGAAAAAGAAAUUGGACGUUUCAUGUUUGGAUAGAUCAUCAGCCACACAUCUACUUCCACACUGUGUUUUUUUUGUUGGUGCUAUUGUGGCAGGUUCAAAGGCUCUUUCAAGACUACCCAUCCCGGUGUUCGCGUCGGUGUGCAACCUGCCGCUGGCGUGCACGGCGCUGCUGGACGGGUGCGCGGGGGUGGGGCCGGGCGCGGGGGCCUCCGCCCGCCUGCUGCCUGUGACGGCUGCGCUGCUGGUGGUGGGCGCCGGCGUCUGCACCAUCAUCGUCGACGCCAGCCUCCCGUUUGCUGAUUCCGGCUAUUCAUGGUUGUUAGCGCACGUGGUGUUCCUCACAGCUCAAAUUCUUCAUGCGAGAGUUUGUGACCCUCGCUACACAGAAUUUGAUAAAAUAUAUUACAGCAACAUUUUCAGCGUGGUGAUCCUGGCGCCGUCCAGCCUGUACCUGGAGGAGGCGUUCUCCGCGCUGCAUUUCCAGCACCGGCGCCAGCUGCGCUUCUACGCCGGCUGCGCGUGCAGCGGGGUGCUGGGCGUGCUGCUGCAGCUGUGGGCGGCGCGCGUGCGGGCGUGCGCCGGGCGCGUGGGCGUGGGCGCGAGCGGGGAGCCGGGCGGGGCGCAGGCGCGGGCGCCGGCGCUGGCGCGGCUGCUGGGCAGCGCAGCCUCCGUCUGCGUCUUCCCCUCCGAUCACCAGCUGGGGCUCGCCGCCUGGCUCUUCGUCGCGCUCAACCUGCUCGCCGCCACCUGCAUCCCGGCCUCAGCCGCCGCCGGGCCCGACCACGCCCCCCUCGACGACAAGCACGUCAGCGCGCUCAACGUCUAGCCCCUCCACACUCCACUCGCGAUCCGAGUCAGCGGAGACUCGACAUCCCGGGAGGGGACGCGGCCUGUACCGCCCGAAGGCAAUUUACGCGGUUCAAGGUCAUCGCUAAGUGGUCAGGGCAUCCACAUACCUCCUUUCUGACUCGCGAUUUAAACACACGUCGCUCUCAUGUGGAAUUUCUGAGGUGAAAUGUGGGCUCGCGGCAGGUUUUCUCGGGGUUCUCCCGUUUCUCGAGUAUCGCCAUUCAAAUCAUAAAACAAACUUCACCCAUCCACCAGAAUCGUUCACAUCAGGUGGGGUCGAAAGCUGGGGUCCGAGGAUCGCAAUAUACGUACACUCCGCUCUGUUCGCCAACGCCGCCGCGCUUCCCCUCCCGGUGCAACGGCUCUUUACCCUCACUCAGGCCGUCGGGCGUCUCCUACGGCGCGUUGCUGGAUGGAAGCUGCACCACUAGGACGACUUUCCGUUGUCGGGUUCUCGUAUCGCGGAUGAUUGCUGUUGGGGCGCAGAAAGAUGAUGGUUGACGGGAGAGAGAAAAAGAGGGGAGACUUCGUCAAAUACGACCUUGAACCUCCUAAAUUUUCGGUUGGUCAGCACAUCGGCCCUACCUGCUUCAACAUUGUAAAAGAGAAAACCCACUUCCUGCGGCCGCACAGGGCGGCACGGUGCAGCACCGGCCAAAAUGUUUGACAUGGUAUUCAAUUACAUG